AUGCAGACUCUAUCUUCUGUUAGAGAAGAGAAGAUUUCAGUGAUGCUUAUGCGCAAGGAUACAAAUGUGAUGGAGGUAUGGAUUACAGAUAAGAUCGAGCCUGAUGCAGCAUCUUGGAAGAAGUUCAUGGUGGUAAAGGAUCAACCAAUCCUGUCUCGGGUAAAAAAUGUUUCAGUUCAAAGUGGGAGUUUCUUUAUUGAUGAAGACAAGAAAGUCGUAGUGGUUUGUGUUAGAAACGGCAACAUAGCUUACUUGAUUAAAGAGAAUGGAUACUACAAAGAAAUGGUUCUCGGGGAAUCUAAUCAUCUGCCAAUUAUGUGCUCUUAUGUUCCAAGUUCGAUGCAGAUCCAGAAAGGGCCAGUAGUACGUGCAUGUGGCAAAGAGAAAGAACGAGAAUAUAUAUAA